AGUAGCCAGUUUUUAAUAAAAUUAGUUGAGUUAAUAGUAGGAGUAUUUGAUAAUGAAGAAUUAGAUAAGGAUAGAAAAGCCAAAGAGUGGAUUUUAGAAUAUGAAGUAUUAGAGUGUGGUAAUAUAAUAGAACAAAUUUCAUUUGAGGAGAUAGAGGAUAUAUUAAGUUGUUGA